AUGGCGACGCAGACGCAGGUGUUGAUUGCUCAUACGGGCCAGCGCCUGCAAGUUGAUGGAUGGCAAUUUUCCGACCUCGACGGUUUCAAAGAAUGGGUUGCUCGGCAAAGCGCUAUACCACCCCAGAACGUUGUAGCGCUUACUUCUCAAGGAAAGACGAUAAAGAUCCAAACAAUACAGUCCGAGCAGAGAGAGAUCUAUGUGUACGACAUCCGGAUUACGCAAGCGUCCUCUCCCGGCACAUCGACAUCUCUUAUUUCUGAAUCACCGCAACCGAAGCCAUACCAGGUCGGGCCGGCGCCAAACUCAAUAGACGAUACACGUUCACUCCGGUCAUGGCAAGAUCUUUUCAAGAAACGGCGCGACUGGGCACUACGUGUCUCCGCAGAUUGUCGGGACAUGGUGAGUGCCGCAGAAGAGCGCUAUGCAGAGAUGGACGUAAUGCUCAAGUGCUUGGAUGCUGCUGUUGCGAACCUUGACACCGCCUUAAAACCGAUCGAGCCGAAAUAUAACGAUUUCAAAAAUUGGGCGACUCCAGCACAGGAGGAAUAUGCGAGUUUGACAUCGAAAUGGGAGGGGUAUCUUGAGCUAGCCCGAAGUGUCCCUGUAUCUGCUAGCAUGGUACGCUUCAUGACUGGCCAGGAUGUUCGGAAGCCUCGCCAGCCUACUCUAGAAGACCUAAUUGAUCCGGAUCCGACGCGCAAGGCAGGAAAGCUUGCGGCAACGGCGUUACGGAAAUAUAACGCCAAGAUCUCGGAUCUUGAUACGGCUGCAGACAAAUUGUUUGGUGGAUGUGAGGAAUUAUUUCGAGAGUUUGACAAACUGGUCGCGCGUUCAGCAAUGCAGCACGUAGGCGACUGCAAACAACUAUUGGAAGACAUCGAAGCGGUUACCAAUAAGAUUGAUACCGAUUACCAGACUACACUGCAGUAUACGCAUCAAGGAAAAGAUGUAUCACAAGCCUCUAAGACUGCUGCUAACCAUACUAAGCAACUCUUACCAAGUAUUCACAACCGAGCCUUGGAAAUGGAUGAGAUGCUCCGAUAUGCCACCAAAGCUCGUAACGAGGUUGCUGCUGACUGUAUUGCGUUCAUGCGCAAUAUUGCAGAGAUUACCGCACUCCAUCACGAUGUCAAAUCUCAGAUGAACCUCAUGCAUCAGGUAGAAGAGGAGAUGACUACGUUUGACUAUCUACGACUCAUCCAACAGCUCCCAUUCAUGUAUGCGUCGUUCAUGGUUGAGUCUAUCAGAAGGCGGGAAUGGUCGGAGAAGAUUAAGACGGAUUCGUCUACUCUCGCUAAUGAAAUGGCCCUGUUCCAAGAUGAGGAGCUGAAAAGGAGACGGAGGUGGGAGAAGAUGGUUGGCAAUACUUAUGGUCCUGAAAACAACGUAAACCAUGUACUUGGUCUCGAAGUUAAUCUACGUGGCGAAGAAGAACGAUGGCCAGAAGUAAGCAAACAAGAACUGGAUGAAUUCUUAGCCACGGUUCGACACCAGAAUGUUGAUGAGACUGUUGCGACAGAUGUCGCUAAACUCAUCAGCGAUCUAGAUAAUCCCACCAAACAACAGCAUAAAAGACUCAAGGCUUUCAAGAACGGCAGUGUUCACGAGGCGGUAUUAGGCCGGAGCGGUCUACUUAUCAGAGGAGACGAUGAUCUUAUCCGAAAUUUGCAGGGUGACAAAACAAAACUCGAGAGCAGAGUAAAGACAGCAGAAAGUCGGGUUCGUCGAUUGGAGGAUUUGCUGCAUCGGCAUACGCAAGCAUCACGGCCGUCGAUAUUUCCUCAACAAACUGAUCAGAACAAUUCCUCCUCAACGUCUAUACGGUCGCGUGCCUCCCAGGACCGCCGACAGUCGUCUGCAUCGGAAAACAACGAAGGUCUUUUACAACGUAUUGCUCAACUCGAGACUGAAAUAAGUACGGAGAAAGAACGCUCUGCCGCUUUACAGAAAGAGGCGCAGACACAUGCUGAACACAGGGAUGAAGCCAACUCAACCAAGCAAGACCUUUUGGGCAAUAUGGAGGCCCUGAAAAGAGAAUUCAUGGAGGAACGCAAAUCUUAUGACCGGGAGAUUAAACAGCUCAAGACACGGUUAGAAGAGACCGAAGAUGCAAUGGUCCAAUCGAUGCAAGACGAAAUUGAUCGCCUUAACAAUGAGAAGAGAGACGAUGCAGCCAAGACACAAGGGCAGUUAGACUUCUUACGCAACGAAGUCAAAGUUCAACGAGAACGAAGCGUUUCCUUAGAGCGGGAACUUCGCGAGGCUCGUGAUUUGGUUAAGAGCACGAACAAGCAGGUAGAAGCUGGACGAGAAGCGACGGAAGGUUACGCACGGUCACUUAGAGAACUCUACGACAGACUGUCUCCUACGGAAACUGCGCCCUCGGAAUUCGUCGAUCUAGUAGAUGCUGUUGUAACAAAAUCAACCGAUAUCUUUGCAAAGAUCCAAUCACUUGAGCAAGAUGUUUCUCUACUGAAAGCUGAUCUUGGUCUUGCGGAUGCUUCCGUCAGAACAGUGAAAUCAGAGUUAGCUGAUGCCAAAGAGAAGUUAUCUAAUGAGGAAUUGACAUCUGUGCGGCUGCGCGAGUCAUUGGACAGAGAGAAGGCUAGGUGUACUACUCUAGAAGCUGAGGUGAACGACGGCCGCGAGCAGCUCAAUGAGUUGCGAGUCAAGAUGACUGAGGGAGAAACUGGCUCCGAGACCCUACGAAAGAGUCUUGAGGAGGAGGAGAAACGGGUCGCAGACAUGGCGGAGCAACUAGCAUCUAGGCAGUCUCGAGUAGGCAGCCUGGAAGAAGAAGUGCGAAUGUUCCAAGAAAAGCUACGAUCAACUGAAUCAAGCCUUGCGACAUUGAACGCAAGAUUCGAAGAUCGCAAUACCCGCUCGAAAGAUAUAGCCCAACGGCUAUAUACUCAGAAUGAACGACUCAUCCGGCUCCUCGAACGUCUUAACUUCUCAGUAACACGGACAGAUGGGUCAAUGGUUAUUCAAAAGAUCCCACGAUCAGAGCGAGUACCGCAAAUUCCCAACGAAGCAUCAGACACUGGAGCGUCCAUCAAACGUUCAUUACCUUCAGGUGGUAGCAAUCUGGCUGACAGCACUGACCUACGAUUACUUUAUUGGAUGAACGCCGAAACCUCCAGUGCAGAAGAAGAGCAGUACCAAGCAUUCAUGGCAGGCCCAGGAAACUUUGACAUUGAUGCGUUCUCCGAAAUUAUCUAUCGGCGCGUAAAGGAGAUCGAACACUCAGCCCGCAAGAUGGCACGCGAUGCCCGUAACUAUCGUGAUGCCGCUAAUGCCGCAGCCAAGGAAGCUCGGGAGAAAAUUGCCUAUAAGAAUUUCAAGGCUGGUGAUUUAGCGUUAUUUCUUCCCACCAAGCAUUCAAUUGCCGGGGCCUGGGCGGCUUUCAACGUUGGCUGUCCACACUUCUUCCUCCGUGAACAAGAAGGUCAUCGUCUACGAAACCGAGAAUGGCUUGUGGCGCGGAUUACUAGUGUUCAGGAACGCGUUGUCGACCUAUCCAAGAACCUUCAGUCUGCGAACUCGGCUCUCUCCGGAGGCGAAACAGAUUCGAUCACCACGGGUGAUGAAAACGACAAUCCAUUCGACCUAUCGGAUGGUCUUCGCUGGUGGCUGGCUGAUGCACAAGAAGACAAACCAGGUGCCCCAUCCACACCCGGCCUCGGCAAGUCGACAGUUGCGUCCAAUAAAGUCGAAGCCAUAGCAGAUAUGCAUUCACACGGACAAUCCGGAAAGCACAAGUCAAAACUAGGUCCUCAUAGUGGCAUAGAGGGUGUGAGUAGGACGCUGAGCAAAAGCCUCGAGAGCAGACGUAGCAGUUCAGGCUCCAAGAAAGCCCUACCCUUCGCUGCAGGUACUACGGCUGCUAAAGGUAGCGCACUGGCCAGCGAAACGAACAGUCUACGCGUAGCCCAUCCUGAUAGCCCAGUCCUCGAUGCCACCAGUCCGACACUAGAACAUAGCACCGCUGCUGGACCAAGCAAUGCACAGGCAGAACCAAAUCCCAAUAGACAUCACGAUAAUGGUAAAAAGGCGGUCCCCGCGAAUAAUACUAACACUAAUGAGGUGCGAAAUGCCGCUGAUUCUCUCUUCGGCCCUUGA